UGUUUUCACAAAGCGCCCCAGUCAUAGUCCAUACGCUGACCUGAUGUUAUUUCAAUUUCAGGUUCAGUCGAAUUUAUAGUGAAUUUUUACCAUAGUCAUACAAGGGUUAUUCCGCAGAAAACGAAGCCAUGAUCAUUGUGCAUUUUAUCAUUGCUGUCCUUGUGUUUUUUGUUGGUGAAGUUCACUCAUCGCAUUACAGAGGAGGUACAAUCUCCUUCAGGCCAAAAGGAAGCUCGCCAUACUCGGUGGACUUCACAUUCAGGCUUUCAUUCCGCCGAGGUGCUGUAUAUUGUGACAGUAAUAGAGUCGCAAACAGAAGCCUUGCAUCCACCUCGUUUUCCAAUACUUGGAAAGUAAAAAGUUAUCACGGGUCAAUUGUAUCAAGUUCUUCUGGUGGAAGAGCAAACAUUUAUUGCACUAACUUUAACGUCGAAGAAGACUGGAGCGAAGGAAGUAAUUCCUUCACAUAUGCGGGAAACUAUGGCGGUGACUGGUGGAAUGUAAGAAUAACUGAUAGAGGUAAUUGGAUACAUGGAAUUACAUAUUCCAAUCCUAAUGACAUUAUGCAACUGGAAGCAAGGGUCAACAGAACUGUGAGCGGCACCUUCAAUAACUCUUCGCCAGUCUCCAACAUUUCACUAACGGUCUACGUAGUUCAAGGUAUCCCAUCAGUCAUUAAGAUUCCUGUUGAAGAUCCUGAUGGUGACAUAGUGCGUUGUCGUAAUGCAAGCUACCAGGAAUGUUACAGAGGAAUGUGUACUUAUUUCCCUCAUGGAGUACUGGACGAGGGUGACUGUACUCUCAGUUAUAAUGGUAAUGGUAACGCAAGUCAACUCUUCCCAAUCAUCUUGAAACUUGAAGAUUUUCCUUCAGGGACGACGCAGUUUGAUCCGUCUAGCAGUUUGGGCUCAGUGGAUCUGCAGUUUGUAGUACACGUUAUUAAURGGACAGAGUGCAGUAACUACACCGUGUUAAACUCACGUAACCGUUCUCAAGAAGUGUUCAGAGGUGACGUAUUACUGUGCGAUAACCACCUCGACCGGGCAUGGUACCGGUUCAUGGGUGAUGCUGGGACUGCUAUGCCAACAUCUUGCACCCCUAAAGACCACUGCGGAACUCAUGCAUCUGGGUGGAUGAAUGGUUCUCACCCCACCCAAGCAGAGGGUAUCGUGACUCGUAGGGUGUGCUAUCACUGGGAUAGUAGCUGCUGUAGAUGGGACAACAACAUUCGUGUCAGAAACUGUGGAGGAUUCUACCUGUACGAGCUUGUCAGACCACCAACCUGUAGCCUCCGUUACUGUGGCAACGGGACAGGUUCGAACAACACAUGCGCAAGCAGUCCUUGUCGUAAUGAUGGCACGUGUGCUCCUACCUAUUCAGGGUACAUGUGCUACUGUCCAUAUGGUUACACCGGGAGACAAUGUGAAACAAACUCGUACUCGUGUAGCUGUAACCCUUGUCGUAAUGGAGGUAUUUGUCGGGGUGGUGUUGGCUGGUAUCACUGUUCCUGUCGUAAUGGAUACACUGGCAGACAAUGUGAAACAAACCUUAGAACAACUGUAACUUGUGACGAAAAUUACAUGCAGUUUGACUUGAAGGACGCGUACUUCUCUGAUAUUGAUUGGCGGAAUCUGCACUUGACAGACCCAUCAUGUAGAGCAACAAAAACAGCUCAUACAAAGAGACUACGUGCACCUUUAGAUCGAUGUGGUACGACAUACACAGAAAACCAGAAAACAAUCACAUUUUGGAACGAGGUGAGAACUGACAACCGCUACCAACCAGUAGUGAAUGGUUCGAUUAUCUCACGUGACAGAAACCUUGUUUUGCGUUUCUUCUGCGAGUAUGAACGAAGCCGGUUUGYCAGCACGUCCUUUUCACCUUCAAAGAAGACAGUGAUCACAUCUGAAGGAUCUUAUGGAAACUUCACUUUCACCAUGGAUCUCUACCAGACUUCUAGCUAUUCAACACCCUACUCACCUUUCUCCUACCCCGUGGUUGUCUACCCAAACCAGCCUCUGUGGGUUCAGUAUGAAGUCAAGAAUACCAACGCUGAUCUGGUGGUGUUUGCUGAGAAUUGUCGUGCUACGCCUUCUAAUGAUCCCAAUGCGACUCCACAACACGUGUUUCUACAGAGAGGAUGCGUGCGCGACUCGACCAUGAAUUAUUGGUACAACCCAUACAGUAAAGUCCAGCGGUUCUCUAUCAGAUCGUUUCGUUUCGUGUAUUCCAACACCUUUCUGGUGUAUCUACACUGUGAGCUGAUUGUCUGUCAUCGUAACUCCAACAACUCAAGGUGUGCACAAGGUUGCAUCAGUGGCUCCAGAGGACGUCGAGAAACUGCUGACAUGGAUGGCUCCAAGGCAUAUGACUUGUCUGCUGGACCAUUGAAAGGAGGCAAGAUCGAACCUAAGAGUGACAAUCAAGAAAGUUCAUUGAAGUCCAAGCAGCUCAUUGGUGGACUAGGAGCCGUUGGUGGUUUGUUCUUUCUCAUCACCAUACUCCUCUCGGUCAUUUUCUAUCGUAACCGUAAGCGUGGCCAAGACAACAAACCAACCACCAUCACUCUGGAUGUUACUGUCAACUCGUAUGAACAGGACAACGUUGACAAAGAUGAGCUAGAAGAAUGACAGUCAACUUAAGACUGUUUAUGUAUUCUCUUUUCUCUAUAUCUUAACAUGAUUGAAUAGGUUCGCUUUCAUUUUUGAUUCCUACUCGACAAAUGCGAAUAAGAAAAAAAAGCUUUUUAUAAUAAAAGUCAGCAUUUCAGAAUCAUUAUAGACAUCCUUCUUUAGGUAUUAGUAGUUUUAUCCAGUGAUUUAGUUUGAUGUGUGCGUAUUUACAAAACAUGCUAUCAAUCACUGAGUACAGGUUUUUGUCUGCCUUGUUUAUGAAGGAGGUGAUUUCUAGUUCAUUUGGUUUCACUAGUUUAUUGGUUUCACUUAGGUUAUGUUAAAGUUCUUUUUUUAUAGACCCAGAGGUAUUUUGUCCCGUCAUUCCCGUAUACCCUUAGCUCAGCAAAACUCUGCUACUGUGUUUGUAAUUUUCGAGAACAUUUACGAUUUUUCAUCGCGUUAGUAGUUAUUAAUAAACUUUUGGAUAGUAAUUCUUUACGAA